GGUGAAAACCUCAGUGCAGGCUCCCAAAAAGAAAGGGAAGAAAGACAAAGCCAAAGGCACCCCGAUUGUCGACGGGCUCGCCCCAGAGGAUAUGAGCAAGGAGCAGGUGGAGGAGCAUGUCAGCCGCAUCAGGGAGGAGCUGGACCGUGAACGGGAGGAGCGCAACUACUUCCAGCUGGAGCGGGACAAGAUCCACACCUUCUGGGAGAUCACGAGGAGGCAGCUGGAGGAGAAGAGAGCGGAGCUGCGCAACAAGGAUCGGGAGAUGGAGGAGGCUGAGGAGAGGCACCAGGUGGAGAUCAAGGUUUACAAGCAGAAGGUAAAGCACCUGCUGUACGAGCAUCAGAACAACCUGACGGAGAUGAAGGCCGAGGGCACGGUGGCCCUGAAGCUGGCACAGAAGGAGCACCGUGCACAGGAGGGGGUGCUGUGCAGGGACGUGCGUGCCCUGAAGGUGGAGCUCAAGGAGCAGGAGCUGUCCAAUGAGGUGGUGGUGAAGAACCUGCGGCUGAAAUUGAAGCCAAAUAUUGACAAGAAGAUGAAGAUGCUCAGGGAAGAGCUGGACCUGCGGAGAAAGACCGAGAUCCACGAGGUGGAGGAGAGGAAGAACGGCCAGAUCAACACGCUGAUGCAGCGCCACGAGGAGGCCUUCACUGACAUCAAGAACUACUACAACGACAUCACACUCAACAACCUGGCCCUCAUCAACUCCCUGAAGGAGCAGAUGGAGGACAUGCGGAAGAAGGAGGACCACCUCGAGAAGGAGAUGGCGGAGGUGUCUGUGCAGAACAAGCGCCUGGCGGACCCUCUGCAGAAGGCCCGGGAUGAGAUGAACGAGAUGCAGAAGAAGCUUGAGAACUAUGAGAGGGACAAGCAGGUGCUAACGUGCACGAAAGCACGUUUGAAAGUUACUGAAAAAGAGCUGAAGGACCUGAAGUGGGAGCACGAGGUGCUGGAGCAGCGAUUCAUCAAGGUGCAGCAGGAGCGGGAUGAGCUCUACCAGAAGUUCACGGCGGCCAUCCACGAGGUACAGCAGAAGACUGGCUUCAAGAACCUGGUCCUGGAGCGCAAGCUGCAGGCGCUGAGCUCUGCGGUGGAGAAGAAGGAGGCGCAGCUCAGCGAGGUGCUGGCCGCCUCCAGCCUGGAUGCCGGGGCCCUCACCGUUGUGUCCCGUAAGCUUGAGGACAUCCUGGAAUCGAAAAACAGUGCCAUCAAGGACCUGCAGUACGAGCUGGCCCGGGUCUGCAAGGCACACAACGACCUCCUGCGCACGUACGAGGCGAAGCUCCUGGCCUUCGGGGUCCCCCUGGACAACGUGGGCUUCAAGCCUCUGGAGACGGCUGUGAUCAGGCAGACGCUGGGGCAGGGCCCUGCCGGUCUCGUGGCCACCCCCACGUAGCCGCGCCCAGGACCCCUCUCUCUGGAUGGCUCCCCCUUUCACACACCAAGGACAGAGGUUUUGGUUUUUAGAUUGGCAGCUUCAGCAAAUGAAAGCUUUUCCCUUGGCCUGUCUCCUGCCUGUCUCCUGCCUGUCUCCUGUCGCGUGGAGAAGCCCCCGGGCCAUUCCCACCUCUGUGAGCUGCCACUCCCCUGGGGCACGUCCAGUGUGCACCCCCAGAGCCGCCCUCCUCAGGGCCAGCAGCACCAGGAAGGCUGGGGCAGAGCCUCCACUGCCCCAGUGAGAAGAGCAACUCCAGGUGUCAGCUGACUUUAUUGACGCCCUGGAAACCCCAAGGGCUGGGAGGAGGCCCCAGAGCUCUCCAGAAGCGAAAGCAAACACCCGCCGACAGGAAACCCGCUCUACUGAGUGCCUUGGUGGCAGGGACAGACGGCUCCUGCUGGCCUCUAGCUCCCCCGGUACGUGGUGUAGGACCACGGGCUCAGCAGCAGCGGCACGUGGAACUUCUGGGUCUCGUUAGUGAUGGUGAAAACGACCUGGGAGAGGGGCAGACAGAGAAGGCAGCGGAAGGCAGGGAGGGGCCUGGCGGGUCAUGAACUCUGGGCAGAAGCCCCCUGGCCCAGGUGGUACUCAGUAGGGGCUGAGGAUGGGAGGGGUGGCAGGGAUUAGGUCCAGAUGUGUCCCCUGGGCACCACGGCCCGAGAAAGGCCGGGGGCUUGGAUGGCGGCUCCAGAAGGGCCACCCUCGGGGUGAGCUGGAGCCUUGGCUCAGACGAAAGCUUCUCUGUAAAGGGGAGCUGCCCUCCCAAAGGCAGGCCAGGGGCGGGCGUGUCGUCGUGAAGUCUGGCCACACCCUGGGGGAGGCGGCAGGCGCCCUGUGCCCAGUGCACAGGUCUGGCUGCUGGCAGGGCCACGCCCGGGGCUGAGUCACGGUUCUGCCCGCAGCCGCCGGCGCCCUCACCUCCACAUACGGGUAGAAGCUCUCCUGGCCCCUCUUGCUCCAGUAGCCCUGGGUGUCAAAGCACAGCUUGUAGGUGCCUGCCUUCAUCUGGCCUGCCGCCAGGAGCCCGGGGCAGCGUCCGUCCGGGUCGGUGUAGCUGAGAGAGGGUGGAGGGUGCGGUCGGCGAGGGCUCUCCGCCUCCCCAGCACCCUCAGGCCCAUGUUUCCAGGGAGCCGGCAACACCUCUGCACUUGUCUUUAAUAUUAGAGAAGUCACUAAUACAGAGAAGCAGAAAGAAAA